CCGUCUAUCUCUAGGUCAAAUAACUCUCCAUGCUCCUCAUUUAAACCCUACAUUCCAGCCUUCAACCCUUCUCUGUUCUCUUUCACUCUAUUUGCAGCAGCUUCUCUUCCUCCCCUGCUAGGGUUUUUCUCUCUUUUCCCCGAGAUCUUACUUCUGCUUUGUCAAAAUGUUUACUUCAAUGAGGAAGAUUCAGAAAGAUAAGGGUGUAGACCCAACUGAAUUUGAGGAGACUGUUGCUCAGGCUAUUUUUGACCUCGAGACCACCAACAAGGACCUUGUACUUGAUUUGAAGGAUCUGUUUAUCAACUCUGCUGCUCAGGUUGACAUUUCCAACAACAAAAAGGCUGUUGUUAUCCAUGUCCCUUACAGAUUGAGAAAAUCUUUCCGCAAAAUUCACAGCCGGUUGGUGAGAGAGCUUGAGAAGAAGUUCAGUGGCAAGGAUGUUGUCUUCAUUGCCACCAGAAGGAUUGUGAGGCCCCCAAAGAAGGGUUCUGCAGCCAAGCGUCCCAGAUCCCGUACUCUCACUUCAGUUCACGAGAACAUUCUUGAGGACCUUGUGCAGCCUGCUGAGAUUGUUGGAAAGCGUUGCAGAUACCGUCUAGAUGGAUCCAAGAUCAUGAAGGUAUUCUUGGACCCCAAAGCCAAGAACGACACAGAGUACAAGCUAGAGACAUUUUCUGGCAUCUACAGGAAGCUUUGCGGAAAGGAUGUAGUUUUUGAAUACCCUAAUACAGAGGCUUAAGCUUGCAAUCAGGAUGUCAUCAGAGUUUUGUGCUACCAAUUGCAAAUCUUGUCUAUUUUUCUCUUUAAGAUAGUACUACUUAUUAAGUUUUGAUCCACCUUGAAUUGCAUUGUUAAUUAGCAACAGAAGUACAAUUAUGAGAUUUUCUCUUCUGCCAAAGAUUUUGAGCUUUUGAAAGUGCUUGUAGAACAUCUGUCUUUUUUGGAGCUAAAACUGCUAGCCUGCUAUGAUUUCUUGAUGAUGUUCGUCCU